AUGGCAUUAGCAACCGCUGCCGCGAUCACGGCCGCCGCGUACCUCAAUGCGAAAUUCCACCUGACCAAAGAUCUAGCGGUGCUGCGCACUGUGCGGCAGGCAACCCGCAGCACUCAGCAAGCCCAAAGCCAGGGCCAGGUCAACCUCUGGUUCAAUUUCGUUGAGACCGCUACAAAGUACCCCGGUCUGAUCGCCAUCUGGACGCGAGAGCGGUCAUUCACCUAUCGGGAGGUGCUCGCCGCGGCCGCCCGCUACGCCCAGUUCUACCGCCAGCGCGGCGUGCAACCAGGCGACCUGGUCGCAUUCUACCUCCAAAACCGCGCAGAGUUCAUCUUCGCGUGGCUGGGUCUGUGGAGUAUCGGCGCUGCUCCGGCGGCCAUCAACUACCAUCUCACCGGCGAUGCGCUGGUGCACAGCCUGGCCCUCAGCGGCGCGAAGCUCCUGCUGGUGGAUCCGGACGCGGAAUGCCAGGCGCGGAUUGACGAACGACGAGCCACUUUGGAGACCGAACUGGGCUUGACCCUGAUCACUCUGGAUGACACCUUCACCACCACCGUCCUCCCAACUCUGCCGGCAGAAGUCCCGGAAGACGGUCAGCUGGCGCGGAACACCACAGGCAACUCGCCGGCCAUCCUGCUCUACACCUCCGGCACGACGGGACUCCCGAAGGGCUGUCCCUUCCGGAUGGAGCGACUGCACGUCGCCGUGGGGCUGCGGGCGUACUCGACGCGCGACCAGGUCGGCCCCGGCGGCGACCGGUGGUACAGCGCGAUGCCGCUGUACCACGGCACGUCAGCGGUGGCGCUGAUCGUGGCGCUGGUGCGCGGGACGAGCAUCGCGAUCGCGCCGCGCUUCAGCGUGCGCAGCUUCUGGCGCGACGUGCGCGACGCCCAGGCGACGGUCUUCGUGUACGUCGGCGAGACCGCCCGGUACCUGCUGGCGGCGCCGCCCUCGCCGCUGGACCGCGCGCACCGCGUGCGCAUGAUGUACGGCAACGGCUUGCGGCCGGACGUGUGGACGCGCUUCCAAGAGCGGUUCGGCAUCGCCGAGGUGGGCGAGUUCUUCAACAGCACCGAGGGCGUCUUCAGCCUGUACAACUACAACCGGGGGCCCUUCACCGCCAGCGCCGUCGGCCACCACGGCGCCCUGUCCCGGUGGCUUAUGCGCGGCGUCUACGCCCCGGUCGCCAUCGACCCGCACACCGGGGAUGUCCAGCGCGACCCGGCCACCGGGUUCGCGGUGCGCCAGCCCUACGAGGUCGGCGGCGAGAUGCUCGUGCGCGUGCCCGCCGAGUCGGCCUUUCCGGGCUACUGGCGCAACCAGGAGGCCACGGACAAGAAGUUCCUGCGCGAUGUGUUCCAGCCGGGGGAUCUGUGGUAUCGGUCCGGAGAUGCCUUGCGACGGGACGCCGACGGCCGGUGGUAUUUCCUCGACCGCUUGGGCGAUACCUUCCGAUGGAAGAGUGAGAAUGUCCUGAUAUCCAACCCGCCCAAACCAAACUUUCCCCUGAAACUCAAGCUGACCGAUGGCAACAGCUCCACCGCCGAAGUCUCUCACGCCCUAGGCGAAUAUCCCGGGAUCCAGGAAGCCAACGUCUACGGCGUCGUGGUGCCGUCGCACGACGGUCGCGCCGGCUGCGCCGCACUGCAACUGAGCCCCGAGGCAGCCGCCAAUGGAGCCUUGGAUCUCACGGCGCUGGCGCAGUUCGCGCGCGCCCGUCUCCCGCGCUACGCGGUUCCGGUCUUCCUGCGGCUGGUGACGCAAACCCUGCAUAUCCACAACCACAAACAGAAUAAAGUCCCCUUGCGCGAGGAAGGGGUCGAGCCGGCGAAAUUGGGGACUCAGGUGGCGGGCGGCCAGAGUGAUCAAUUGUAUUGGUUGCCGCCUGGGGCCGAGGGAUAUGUGCCCUUUGGUUCGACGGAUUGGAAGCGGAUAGUCGCGGGUGAAGCGAAACUGUGA